CAGCACGGUGCUGAUGUGGUAGUCAGUUGAAAACCUAACACGAAGUAGGAAUUUUCUCUUAGACAGUUCUACUAAUGGAUAGAUUCUUUGUCUCUGGAGGCUGAACAAAAAUACAAGCAAUCAAUUGAAGAAAGGAAGGCAUAGAUCCAAAACCCAAAACCCCGUUCCGAGUUUACCAUACUCGAAAACCCUUUAAUAUACCCAACCCGUUUUUUGAACUGCAUUUCUCUCUCUAUCUUUGCAGUUUUGUUACAGAAAAGAAAUAAAGAAAAUGGCAGUUCCAGUGAUUAAAUUCCCAACCUUGAUGGUGCUGGUGAGGUUAAUGGGGGUGAUGGUCUCUGCUCUGGUGUUGACGUGGACUGUUCAUUACAGAGGAGGAUUGGCUCUUGUCUCUGAUAACAAAGAUCUCAUCUUUAAUGUACAUCCUGUUUUGAUGGUGAUUGGGCUUGUACUCUUGAAUGGUGAAGCCAUGCUAGCCUACAAAACGGUUUCAGGAACCAAAAGCUUCAAAAAAUUAGUUCAUCUGACACUACAAUUCCUCGCUUUUUGUUUAAGCUUGAUUGGCUUAUGGGCUGCUUGGAAAUUCCAUAAUGACAAGGGCAUCAACAAUUUUUACAGCCUGCACUCUUGGUUGGGGCUAGCUUGCCUUCUCCUCUUCGGCAUCCAGUGGGCUGCUGGGUUCGUAACUUUUUGGUAUCCAGGAGGCUCAAGGAAUAGCAGGGCCACCUUGCUCCCAUGGCAUGUGUUCUUUGGGGUUUAUAUUUACGCCCUUGCUGUUGCCACUGCUACUACUGGUAUCUUAGAAAAAGCCACAUUCCUCCAAACCAACAAAGUAAUAUCGCACUACUCCGCUGAAGCUUUGCUGGUGAACUUAUUGGGUAUCUUGAUGAUUGCUCUGGGUGGUUUAGUUGUUCUUGCAACAAUUACUUCUCUGAAUAGCAAAGGUGACAUCCCCAGAAACGCAACAGAGUAGGCACGAUAUGUAUGUAUAUUUCCAUAACUGAUGUUUGAUUAAGAAUUGUACUCUUAUUGCAUGUGAAUCACAGGUUAAUAUUUAUUUUUACAAGAUCAUUGUACCAUGAAAAA